AUGAAUAAAUUAUGGUCGAAUACUGCAUAUUACAUCUGGGCCACUGCAUGUUUUCGUGUGCAUAUACGUCGUUUAUCGGCACAACAGAUUCGUUUAUCUUUUUUAGAGUACUUCAAAGAACAUAAUCAUACAUAUGUGCCUUCUUCAUCUGUUAUUCCAGAAGAUGAUAGCUCCGUUACAUUUGUUAAUGCGGGGAUGAAUCAGUUCAAGCCACUUUUUCUGGGUGCCAAAUAUACAGAAGGCAAAUUGGCCGCUUUACGUAAUGUUGUUAACUGGCAAAAGUGUAUUCGUAUUGGUGGAAAGCAUAAUGAUUUCGACGAUGUUGGCCGUGAUUUGACACAUCAUACAUUUUUCGAAAUGCUUGGAAACUAUUCAUUUGGUGGCUACUCAAAGAUGGAAGCAUGUUUAUAUGCAUGGAACUUCCUCACAGACGUCCUCAAGAUACCAGCUGAUCGCUUAUAUAUUACCUAUUUCGGUGGGGAUGAAAGCAUGAAGUUAAAGGAAGAUCGUGAAUGCCGCGAUAUUUGGAUUAAAUUAGGUGUCCCUGAAGAUCGUGUUCUUGGCUUUUGUUCCAAUCAUAAUUUCUGGGAGAUGGCUCAGACGGGUCCAUGUGGUCCUUGUUCGGAAAUUCAUUAUGAUCUUAUUGGUAAUCGAAAGGCACAGAAACUUGUUAAUUCAAGUAAUCCAACAGUAGUCGAAAUUUGGAAUCUUGUUUUUAUGCAGUUCAGUAGGGAUAUAUCAGGCAAAAUCAGUAGUUUACCAACGUUGUACAUAGAUUGCGGAAUGGGUUUCGAACGAUUAGUGAGUAUUGUCCAAGGAUUACACUCUGCCUAUGAUACCGAUUUAUUUCUUCCAUUAAUGAGAAUUAUUCACAAGUAUUCGAAAGUUAGAGGAUAUGGUGGACAACUGGGGGAUAUCGACACAGCAUAUCGAAUUGUCGCGGAUCAUCUUCGUGCUGCUUGUAUUAUGAUUUCAGACGGUGUCGAACCUAGUUCACGAAAUCGAGGGUAUCAUCUUCGACGGGUUUUGCGACGUGCUGCAUUGAAUUUUACCCUCACGCUUGGUGCAGAACGCGGGAUGUUAGCAUCUUUAGUGCCUGAUUUUGUUAAUCAUAUAACUUUACUGUACAACAAUGUCGCAGCUUGUGAAACUGUAAUAGCUAAAACGGUUAUGUCUGAGGAACAGUUGUUUUGGAGAAGUUAUGACAAAGGCUGCAAAUUACUUGAGCAUAAUAUUGCAUCUCAGCAACAUGUGCUGUCAGGAGAAAUUGCGUGGAUGUUGUCAGGAACUUACGGUCUUCCAUUGUCAAUAACCCAAAAGAUAUGUAGAGAAAAAGGGUUGAAAGUUGAUGUAGAUAGCUUCCAACAAUGUCUGGCUAAUUUUCAAAAAGCUCAAAAAGCUGAAGAGGAGCUUUGGCAAAAAAUCGAUUUAGAAGAAAUGAUACUGAAUGGUGUAGAGCCAACGAAUGAUUCAGAAAAAUAUUAUUGUGAACGGAUUGAAUUGGGCAAGUAUGAAUUCCCGAGCAGGACAGGUACUGUUGUGGCAAUCUUUGAUGUCAAUGGUAAAAAUGUAAUGUCGCUUAAUCCAGGCGAAUUAGGGUCUGUCGUUAUGGAUUCGACUAUUUUUUUUGCUGAACAAGGAGGGCAAUUGUACGACAGAGGCAUCCUUCAAGAUAAUUUAAAUAAUACUGUAUUUAUUGUGAAUAGUGUGAAAAGACGAAAUGGCUACAUCAUUCAUACAGGGAAAGUAGCAGAUAAUGAAAUUUUGGAAAAAGGCGUAAACUUGACGCAGAUUAUAGAUCCUAAGCAACGGUUUUUGUUAAUGUGUGGUCAUACUGCUACCCAUAUUCUUCAUUUUGCUCUCGAAAAAGUAUUUGGUGUAUCAGUCCGUCAGAUGGGUUCAUUUAUUGGCCCUGAUAAGUUACAUUUUGAUUUCUUUAUUCCUGACGAAAAAAUCGCUCUUGAAAAGAUAGAAAAAGUAAUGGCAAUGGUGAAUAUGAUUAUUGAAAGUAACAUAAACGUUACGGUGAAAUACAUUUUGCAAGAAGAAUUAGGUUCUCUGCAUAAGGAUUUUUCUGGAUUCGACAUUUCACAGGAGGCCUCCAACGGCUCAUAUCGGAUCAUUACGGUUGAGAGUUCGGCAAUGCUCGGUCAAGAUAUCAUCGAACCAUGUUGUGGGACGCAUGUUUUAAACACAGGUGAUAUUGGUCGAUUUGUUAUAAUUGGUCAGAAAUCACGAGGUGCCAAUGUACAUCGAAUUUACGCAGUAACAAGUAGCGCUGCUCUGGAAAGCAUUCAUAAUGCGACGAAGCUUAAAUAUGAACUAUCUGAUGCGUUGAGCAAUGUUAGCGGAACCUUCAUCGAUACGCAGAGGCUGUUGAAAGAUUUUCAAAAGAAUCUUCCAUUGCCAUCCAAAUCAUCAAUAUAUGAAAUGCUUAAAAUAGCGAAGAAGAGAAACAAGUGCCUAAGUCAGAAACUUCGUUUACCUGAUGCAACUUAA